AUGUUAAGACUAAAGAACAAACUUGGAAAUGUUGCGUUAGAUGUUGCAAGGAUUCUUUUACGACCUACUACAAAGUUAGCAAUAAUUGAUAUUGCCUGUCAUGCUUUGGCUACUUUAGAAGAGAUCUAUAUCAGGGUGGUUUAUUUGGUUCAAAGAUGUGGUCCAGCCCAAGUAGCUUGUACUGCAAAAGAACUACGUGAAAUUCUUGGUAUUCAUAAUGUUGAUAUUUUCAUUCAAGAAUUUGAUCUACUUUUAACCCCAGUUGAUGAGGAAGAAAUUAAGAGUAACCGAAUACAGAGAAGAGUUUAUGAGUUGCUAUCUAAGGUUGCUAGCUCAAAUCCAAAACACGCUGGUUUGAACGAACGCGAGCUCUAUUUUGUCUUCUUUUGUAAGCCAAAUAGUUUUCAAGAGUCGAAAAGAGCUUGGCAUGUUUCUGAUGUGCACUUUGAGAGGACGGUUCGUCAAGAUAUGUGCACUACUCGGCUUUCCUAA